AUGUCACCAGUUCCUCCAAACGAGGAGGACGUGGACCUCCUGGCCAUCGCUGACCCCAUGAUCGCCCUCGACUACCUCCAAGAAAAGGCGACCUAUUUCUAUCAACUCUGUUUGACCAAAUAUACCGCACCCACCGAACCCCUGUCGCACCCAGAUUGGCUGGACCUGACCGAAAGGUUGCAACUAUACGCGGCCUCUGACCUCGUAAUGGGGGCUCUGAAAAACCAAAUCGUCAUUGAUGUAACGUUGCAGACCCUUGCUACGCAAGAAAAAAGUACACGGGCGGGCGAUCCCCACUUUCCACCCAAGCAGGACGGUGUUAGCAGGUUGAUUAGCGGACCAGUGCACAUCUGCGACAGCAAUGGCCGUGUCCUCUAUUUUCACCUACCUAGGCUCCUUACAAAUGAGCAAUUAACUAUCGUCGAAGAGGCAUGCCGCGACCUGGUCAAUGCACCGCACGCCAAGUUGGAGAUUUCCCCCGAGAAAAAGUCUUGGCGGACCGACCCAAAGUUUUUUAAAGAUGGCAACCUUUGCGACUUUACCCCGGGCGUUCUCAGUCUCUCGCCUUGCUGGUUCAUGCAGAACCACCUGCCGCCGAAACACCAGCCUAUGGUCUCCGCCUCAAUCCGCCGUCGGGACGGAAAGGACGGGGCAAUCCCGUUCCUAAAGGCUAUGCGCAAUGCGUUCAGUCUUAUCGGCGCAAUUUUAUAUGUUCUUAACCCGGCCCAAUAUGACCAGGGGGUCGAUGCGUGGAGGAGAAUGCUGGAAACGAAUUGCGAGGCGGCCGCUCCGAAAUAUGCCGAUUUGAUGGCGGGGGUCUUGAAGAUCUGGGCUUCUCCCUUUACUGUCACCCAGGUCAUCUCCAAUCGUCAAACUCCCUUCCACCUUGAUACCUCCGGGGAUCAGAAUUGGUAUGACUGCCUGUUGACCGUUGGGCCGUACAAGGGAGGGAGGUUUGAACUGAAAGGGGUCGGGUGCCGCUUCAGAUAUGAACGCGGCACGGUAUCCUUCCUUCUUAGCCGAUUGUUGGAGCACGGAACGGGGGAGGUUGAUGGAGAACGGGUUUGCCUCGCGAGCUUCAUGCGACCAGAGGUAGUCAAGUACAUCCUGAAGGAGCGGUUUUACAGCACCCGCCCCGAAACCAUCGCCACCUUGGAGGAACGUCUCGGGGUCCCAGCUGAGCAUAGAGUUACAACUACCACCAGAGGAGUCUCUUCUUCUCAGAUAUAA